AGCUAUUCCGUCACAUCGCAUUUAGAGCCUAUAUUUACUGGUGGCACUCUCCAGUUUUCCUCGUCUGCACAACAUAUCUUUUGUACCUUUGGCACCAAAGUCCAGGUGGUCGACAUAAAAACUGGAGCAGUAACGACAUCAUUUGAUGAGGAUGAAGAUAUCAUAACCUGUUUAGCUGUUACUCCUGAUGAUAAGUGGCUGUUAACAUGCAGCCAAAAUUUAUUACUUCGACAAUGGAAUUGGCAGGAAAAGUCUUGUACUCGUGCUUGGAAGUCCGCACACGUAGGACCUGUGGUAGCCAUGGAAUUUGAUGCUUCGUCGACACUACUAGCAACAGGAUCCAGCGAUAGCACUAUAAAAAUUUGGGAUAUCAGUAGUAAUUACUAUACUCAUAACCUUAAAGGAUCUCAAGGAGUUGUAAACACAAUAAGCUUUCAUCCCGAUCCUGCAAUCCUACAUUUAUUUUCUGCUGCGGAUGACUAUAAAAUUAGGCAGUGGGAUUUGAAAUCGAGCAAAUGUAUUCGUAUCUUUGAAGGCCAUUACAGUUCUAUAUCAAGUUUAGCUUUUAGCCACGAUGGUAAAACACUUUUAAGUGGUGGAAGAGAUAAUGUCGUCAAUUUAUGGGAUAUAGCUUCUAAAAGCCUACUUAAGACCAUUCCAACAUUCGAAAUUGUUGAAUCGGUCGUAGUCCUUCCGUCAGACAUAAAUUUUCCUGGCAAAGAAAGCAAUAAUUCUAUGCAUUAUAUAACCGUUGGCAAUAAAGGUGUAAUUCGCAUCUGGAGGGCUAAUGAUAGUCGAUGUGUUCAUCAAUUAUCUCCAUCGAACUUUUCAAAUUCCGAAUUGGCUGCUUUCACUCAGAUAUCAUAUCUGAAACCGACUAAUUCAUUGGCUUUAGUUACAUUUGAUCAUAAUGUGAUGAUUUACGAUGUAGAAGACCUAAAAUUAAAGAAACUGUUAAUAGGCCAUAAUGACGAAAUAGUGGACGCAAGUUUUGUGUGUAAAGACGAUAGUCAUAUAGUGGUUGCAACAAAUAGUCCCGAUCUACGAAUAUUUCAGCAUGCUACCAUGAGUUGUCAAAUGCUAUUUGGUCAUACAGAUACAAUACUGUCCCUGGACGUAUCGUAUGAUAGACAACUGAUCGCUACAUCUUCUAAAGAUCAUACAAUAAGAGUUUGGAAGGCGUUUCAUGACUCUUUUCGAUGUGUUGCAGUUGCUUCUGGCCAUACUUCCGCAGUACCUGCAGUUGCCUUUUCAAGGUUGGUCGAUACGUUCAUUGUCAGUGGAAGUAAUGAUUAUACUAUGAAAGUUUGGACUUUACCUGCUAGUUUCGAUGAGGUAUGGUUUAAGUUUUACAAAUUAAAUGUACAGUCUUUAACAGCUACUGUAACAGAAAUAAGCCAUAAGAAGGAUAUUAACUCCAUUGAUGUAUCACCAAACGAUAAGCUAAUUGCCACAGCAUCUCAAGACAAAACUGCAAAAGUAUGGCUCGUUUCUGAUGGAUCACUGCUGGGAAGUUGUGUCGGUCACAAACGAGGGUUGUGGUCUGUACAAUUUUCUCCCAUAGAUCAGUGUAUCGCAACGUGUUCAAGCGAUUCUAACAUUAAGAUUUGGUCUGUUAUCGACUUUACUUGUGUCAAGACUUUUGAAGGCCAUUCUAACUCUGUACUUAAAGUAAGCUUUGUAACUCGGGGGAUGCAGCUGUUGUCAAGUGACUCUGAUGGGUUAAUUAAGUUAUGGACAAUUAAAAGCAAUGAAUGUGAAAAUACUUUUGAUCAUCACACAGAUAAGGUAUGGGCUAUAAAGCCUAACUCUACGGAAGAAUACUUUGUAUCUGGCGGUGCUGAUUCAAGUUUAGCUAUAUGGAAGGAUAUGACCGCUAUUGAAAGAGAAAAGAAAAUUGCUGAGGAAGAGGAAUUAAUAGCAAAGGAGCAAGAAUUAUCAAAUCUUUUGCAUGCUAAGAAAUUUACAGAAGCUCUCAAUAUGGCUAUUGGUUUAGAAAAACCCUUCCUAACCUUGACAGUUGUCAAAACUAUUCUCGAUCAACCGGACGGUCUGGAAAGUAUCGAUAACGUUAUUCAAAAAUUAGAUAAGAAGCACGUAAAUACAAUAUUCCAGUAUUUGUCGACUUGGAAUACUAAUGCUAAGCAUUCAAGGGCUGCUCAAAUUGUUUUAUCUAUAAUUCUUAAGAAUACGAUACCUGAGGAUUUAAUUAAAAUGCCAAGCAUGCAGACCACUUUAGAAGCGCUUAUACCAUAUACAGAACGUCAUUAUCAAAGGCUCGAGCGACUGUUAGAGGUAAUCUUCGUUAUCGUAGUAGCUAACCUGGUGUAUUUUAGUAUGCAUAAAAUUAAAUUUUAUCUUUGCGUUUUGAUUUCUGUAGCAAAGCUAUUUCAUAGAAUAUACCUUACAGUGUAUGAAUUCAGCAACAUUUUCACUUACUAA